UGGCUGCUGAUUGGUGGAUGUUCGGAAUUGGGGAAGUGUAUUGGCUGUCGGAUUUUGUGGGUGGGGUUAUAGUCUUGACUCUCUAGCUUCCUGCAUGCUGGGAGUUGUUGUAUCGUCCGGGCUCUGCUGACAUGUGGGGUCCUGUGUAGUCGGGCACUGCUUCAUGGUCUGCUGGGAACGUCAUUGCAAUGUCCUCUGCCAGGAAGGAAGUCUUUCUUUCUAAAGUUUUGACAAGAUUGUAUCCUAGCACUGCUGACCUCCACUCUGUGCUUUCAAAAAAUGAGACUUUACCAACAGGAACAGAAGAAAAGCCUAAAGAAGCUAUACAACCCACAAUAACUGAGCCAGCAGGCAUUGAAAAAUCUAACCUUUCUCAACUGAAGAUAUACACUGUGAGUCUCCCCCUAGAGGACUACAUACCCCCUCCUCAGACUGACCUCAAGCUUUCCUCAUCAGAAGAUUCAGAACAGGAAGAAGAUCAUCCAGUGGCAGUUAGUAAAAGACGGAGACGGAAAAAGAAGAGGUUAAACUUUACAAAUGAGGCCACCCUUGAGAGUGAACUAAACCUCCAACAAACUCCUCAUCCAUCUCAAGCAUCCAACAGUGUGAAGAUCAAUAAAAACAAAAAGAGGAAAUUACAGCGAAAAAGACAAAAAGAAAGACUGAAGGCUGAAGGUCUGUGGAACAAAGGUAGAACCUGUCAGUCUGAUGUGAGCCAGACAGAAGGCAAUGCAGUGAGGGAAUCUGGUGAACAGACAGAGGAAGACCGGAGAAAAAAGACAGAGGACCUGCUGGAUUUCCUCCAGGCUACUCAAGAGCUUUAUUUCUCUGAUAGCCAGUCCAGAUGUGCAGACUCAACUCUGAUGGGGGAACAGAUCCUAGAGAUUCUGGAUCAGAUCAAGAGUGGUGCAGUGCCUUUCUCUGAAGUUCAGCUCUUACAUAAUCUCAAAAGCCUGCUUCUCCUACAGGAUAUUGGAAGAUUAAACAAUUCCUUGGACAGCUUCAAAGAGCAAUCCUCCAUGCCCCUUGAUCACAUAAAGGCGCUACGUUCUUUGUUUGUCUACUGGAUUACGAAUAUCUUACCAAUAAAGACAAAACCCACAGAGUGAUUACUGUUCCAAUACUAAUUCAUGCAGUUUUUACAUUAACUUUCCCUAAAUGAAAGAAUAUGAUUUUGAGAGGCACACAAUUAGUGUCAUGACCUAUUAACACUGUCGUCAAGGCUUCCAUUUUCAAGGAAGACUGAAUGGAUCCAAUUUGUAACAGCUUAUUGACUGUUCAUGAGGUCUUCCUACAGCAAACAGUUGCUACUGUGUUCAUCAUCAACAAUAAAAACCUGAUGGAACAGAACUGUUACUGUAGGUUGUUAAUCUUUCAGAUCUGUAAGUGGUCACUAAGAAAUGGACUUGUCAUAAAAUAUUAGAUACUUAGCAGAUGCUGGAUACUUAAUGUUUGAUAUUUAAAAAAUUGUAAACAGCAGGCACCAUUACAUAAAUUCUGCAGCAAUAUUUUGCAUGGGGUCCAGGGUAUACAUGGAAUAUAUACACUUAACGGGGGUGCAGAACCUAAUACAGGGCAUCCUUAUAAGCAAGACAAGUAGAAAAAAGUAGUUUGCCCUCACCUGAUGGUAGAUAAAAACUUUCCAACUUUAAUGAUUCCUUUUAAAAUAUGCCCAGGAGGUGGUGAAGAUAGUCCGGGAUCAGCCUAAGAUGCAGAUUGGCAGAGAGGCUGAUAUCCGUUUUGCGGAGCUUGCUUUCUCUAAGGCUUAGAGGAAGAAGGCUACCAUAAUGCAGACUUCAGCUUCUCUGUCAGCUUAGACUCGGACUAUCCUCAACAUCUCCUGGGCAUAUUUUAAAAUGAAUCAACAAUGUGUUACUCACCAUGUCAUGCAGAUGCUUUCUAUUUUUAAUGUGCCUUGCUUCUGUAUUUGGUUUACAAAUUCCUGUGUUUUGCUGCUUACUUAUUCUGACAUUACUGCUCAGAAAGGGGUGUGUCCAAGGCAAGCACUGAACCUGUUCGCACUAUUCAUUCACUUCUGCCUUGAGUCUGCCUUCUGCCUUAUUUUACCUGUUCGCACUAUUCAUUCACUUCUGCCUUGAGCUUCUCUGUAACCCCCACCUCUCUGUUUUCAUGCUGCAGUCUGAUAGACAGGAGUGAGCCCAGAUAAGUGCUAGUCCUUCCCUCACUAACUGGACUUUGUUUCAGUCAGUGCUUCAGCUGGGGCAAAGAUGAUGCUGCAGCUGGACAGAAUUAUGUUUUGCAUGGUAUGGGGACCCCUAGUGAUCUUUCUUAUAAGUCAUGAUUUCUAUAAAAUGGAGAUAACAAUAUGUUUUUUUUUUUUAUAAAGUAUAUUAGAAAGGUUAAUCUUUUGCCAAGAUGUACAACAUAUUAAGUUUUUGAUUUGUACAUUGCCCUUUUAAUGUUGCCCCCCCCCCAAAUAACUCAGGACUCAGCCAUUAAUUUCUAACCUUGGCAACAAAUGUGAGUACACCCCUAAGUGGAAAUUGCACCAAAAGUGUCAACAUUUUUGUGCGGACACCAGUAUUUUCAAGCACGGUCUUAAACCUUACAGUAUGCAUAACGUUUACCAGAGCUUCACAGGUUGCUACUGGAGUCCUCGUCCAGUUGCAUAACAUUAGUGCUCGUCCACUUGCAGGACCUACGCUCCCCCCACCUUCCCUUUGAGAAUGCCCCACAGAUGCUCAAUAAGGUUUAGGUCUAGAGACAUGCUUGGCCAGCCUUUUGUAAUUUACUUUGUUGAAUAGCUUGAAGAGCAGAUAUAGAGGAGCAGGGGAGAAGGAUCGCUGAUCUUCUGCAGCUUACAACAUUAAUGUUUAGACAGUGAUUGUGAAUUUACAGCUAUUGUAUGUGGAUAGACAGCGGGAGCAGCAGCUAACACAGAUGGGAGAAUCAAGGCUUCCUUUUGUUGUCUGAUUUGUCAUCAAAGUUUACAUUUUUAUGCAAUAAACAUAUAGGUAUACUAAUAUAGCAAACAAGGCAUCAUGCUGCUACAAAAAAUUAUGACUGCUGAAUGUGAAGCACAUGUAAAAAAAAAUGCUUUGGACAUUUUCAUAUCUAUUUGCUUCAGACUUCGGCCCCUUUUACACUGACGUUGUGCCUUAACGGACAUUAUUUUUGACAGGAAACAACGGAUCCCAAAAGAUCCCAUUAACUAUUAUGGGGUCCGUCGGGCACCAUUGUUUUUUGACGGGAGUAGCGAGAGGAAAAAAAUGUGCAUGAUGUAUUUUUACUCCCGCUAUUUUCCUCGGGCUCCCCAACUGCCUUACAGGGGUUAUCCAGGAUUAGAAAAAACUAAGUUUAUUUCUUUAAGAAACAGCACAACACUUGUUCUCUGGGUGUGUGAGGUAUUGCAUCUCAGUUUCAUUCAAGUGAAUUGAGCCAAGUUGAAAUGCCUAACACAACCUGAGGACAGGAGUGGUGGUGUUUUUGGAUCAAAGAAGUAGUCUCAUGGAACAAAACUUAGAUCGCUGGGGGGGGGUUUGGCUAUCUUCGGCUCUCCCAUAGAGAUAUAUGGAGGGGACGGGGGUUGUGGCGUUCUGCUCCGCAGGAGAACCGAGGCUCCAUAAAGGAGAUUGCGGGGGGGCCCCAGUGCUCGGACCCCCCACGAUCUAAAACGUAUCCCCUAUCCUGCAGAUAGGGGAUAAGUUUUAUUCCAUGAAAGAUCUUUAAUUAAUUAGCUCUAAUUUUCUAUUUCUAAAUAACUACUUUAAACAGUUUUGCCCAUCUCAUUAAAGAGAAUCUGUCAGCUCUAUAUCAGAACUCAACUGUCAGGCAUUGCCAAGCCCCAACCUGCAUCUGGGAAUGGGGCCAAAAUUGUCCCUAAAAUGAAUGGUGCAGACUGCUCCUGUGUGGCCGCUGAACUCAGUAUUGUUUGGCAGCCCCAUAGAGAAUGAAUUAAGCUGUGGCUGCGCAGGUGCAGUCCACCCAAUUCAUUCCAGGCACAAUUAUGUCCCCAUUUUUGGGAUUAACAGGGGUUCCAGAAGUUGGACGCCCAGCAAUCCUGCUUGUUGCCCCUUUCCUGUGGACUAAUGAAAUGGGAAAACCCAUUUAAUUGCUGAGACAGAAACCUUUGCACUUAUUUUUGAGCUAGACAGAACAGUCUUUAGUCUACUUGUUUAAGUGAUUUUUUGUAUAAAUUCCAUUUUGUUUUCUCUGUUGCAAUAGACUCACUGAUUCAUUGGUAUAGUUCCGCUGUCUAUUUUCAAUGCAAAUGUUUCUGCUAUAGACUGCAAAAUGGUACCCUGCAAUGCCUUGUAUUCAGCUAAAUCUUUCCUUAAAAUACCCUCUUUAUGUUUCUCUGGGUGACGCCUGAAAGAAAGAAAACAUAAAGAGAAUAAGAUAAUAACUUCUCAAGCAGCAGGUCCAGAGGUGACCCCGAUUGCUGCAGCUUUCAGAAGACGUACUUUCGACUUCUUAGCAAAGAAUUAAAAUCUCCGACAGUUGCACAGAAGAAACAAUCUUCUAUACACAUUAAAGAUGUGGCACAGACAACAAAGCUGGUGUUAGUGAAACCUUACCUUUUCAUUGUAUUAUAUUUAAGCUGUAUCAAUGGAAUAAAAGAAUGUGCGUAGCAGCAGAACUAUUUACAUCUCACUACCCUGAUAUUCUAAGCUCUCAAAGCUGUCAUGUCUUGCAGUUUUUAUAAACGUUACUAAAAGCG